AUGUUAAACAAUAACAAUGGAGGGACAGUGUUGAAUAGUGGGCGAGGAUCUGAUUUUUUGAGUGUUGGUGGUGGAUUGUCAUCGAAUGGAAAUCAGACACCUGUUUCUCCACUAGCUUCGAUAAGAUUUAAUGGUGAGAAUAAUAGUGGUGGUGAUGGAUUAUAUUCAAAGAAUCAACAAGAUAAUCAAUAUGUUUCCAGGGUGGUUUCUCACAAAUACUUUACUAUUGCUCAAACUUCAAUGGAAUUAUUCUCGGAUCACCCAGCUGCAAAGCUUGGCAUUCCAGUUUUGAGUGUUGCUCAACAAACGUUAAAGAAUUGUUAUAGUACAACAUGUAGACAAAUUCAUACACUUGGAAAUGAUAAAGUACUAUUGACACAUCAAUGUGGAGAGUUGCAUUAUUGUAUUAUUUAUAUUAGAGAAGUUGAAAAGAGAAAGAAGGGAGAAGUUUUUGAUAAUGAAGAUUUUGAAGAGGAACCAAAAGAAUCAACAGCAGCCUUGUACAGACAAAUUAGUUUAUUACACGAUUUGACAAACUUUUGCAUCAUGUUGAAUCCUUUCAAUCAACAUGGUUUCAACAACAGAUCUUUGAAUCAAUCUGCUAUUUACAAUUUAAUGAAACCACUUGUAGAAACAAUGAAAAGGCUGUAUAGAACACAACAGAGUGUUCUCGUGCAAGGAAUUGAAUAUGUAGAUUUGAAUCAAUUCAAUAGAGGUUCAAUUAUUGAAGCACUGAAGAAAGGUACUGAACCUUACCCAUAUAUUUUGCAUGCAGUCUUACUUGUUGGUACUAAAUUGGCUGCUGUACACUCUAGAGAAAAGACUUGGAUAUUGCUUCCAAGAGAUAUUUUGUGUUUGAUUGUUUUUACUCAGAGUGCUUUCUACGGAGAAAAACCAAAACAAAUGGGUAAGAAUGGAACAAGUGAUGAAUCUGAUAAUAUUACAAGAUCUAUUUUCGAGUAUUUGAAUUUCCAUGUGACAGAGAAUGGAGGAGAUCAUGAUCAAAAACUUGGACGAUAUGGAGUCUAUUUCGAAUAUGACAAGGACCAAGAUAUGACUUUAAUGUUGAUUUGCGAGUCCAAUAUUACCAAUAUCCAGCAACAGACUACCAAAGUGAUUCCAUCCUCUGUUGGUAGUUACCAAUCUGCCUCUUCACUAACAAUGGCAGCAUCAUUCAAAGAAGUUGAACAACAACCAAUUGAUGAAGAACAAAAUAAGGAAACAGUUCAUGAUCAAUUGAAAGAGGCAGCUAUAAGAGUCAAUGAAGAAAUUUCAAACUUUAAGAGAUUUUCAUUUUUGAAAAUUAAGGCCGAGUCACAUGUCACCAUGCUUAGCUAUCUCCAUUACUGUCCUGGGUUGAUACAUUUUAUUUUAGUAGAUCGAAUUUACAAUAGAGUUUUUGCACCAAGAAUUGUUCCUCUCAAUACAAUUAAUACCAACCAAAAGAAUGAUGAAGAACAAGUCGCCUUUUUGAAAAAGAAAGUUUGGGAAAUGUGCUUUACUCUUCAACAAUACAGAGAUGAAGGUUAUACAGAAAUUGGAGUUUGUGGUGAGGGAGUUCAAUAUUGGUUCAAGGAAUGGUUUGAAGAUGAAAAGAUGCUUGAACUCAAAAUGACCAGAAAUAACUUGAAGUAUGCUCGUUCUCAUUUUGAACUCUAUACAAUGUAUCUGCCAUUUGUCUCUGUCCAAGCCAUUUCACAUCAUAACAAACUACUCGUUCAAUUACUGUUAGACAGAAGAGAUUUAUCUUGA